AUGCCUGCUAUCGCCCACCUCCAGCCGCGCCUUCUGGACGGAUCUUCGCCUGGUGGAGUAUCUGGCACAUCCAUUGCACUCCUCGUCUGCAUUGCCCUUGUGCCCGCCCUCCUCUUGAUCUGGAUCGUCGUCUGGCUUCUCUUCUUCUACGGCAAAGACCGAACAUGCUGGUGCACAAAGCGAAAAAGACGCGCAGCAGAGCCGGAAAUGCUCCAACAGAGAACUGACGCGAGCCAAGACAUUCUGUUUGAGAAGGCCGUCUAUGAUAUUCCGCAACGGCCGUUCGCUGCUCAUGCUAGGGCCGAAUCUGGAAGCUCUAGCGAUGGCGGUCGCCUUUCGAAAGUGGAUCCGAGGUUAUCCAUACAAAGCGUUGCCAGUGCCAGCAACGUCCCAGUCAUGCAGGAGCCGAAACGAUUCGUUUGA